GACACAGGAAAUUGCACACAAAAAAAAACUCCACCUCUUCAGAUGCAUAUAAAAAGACCGACAGUCUCGUGAUGUCAUGAGUUUCACCGUGAGAAGACAGCAGCAGUGGACACUCACUAACACCAAACUGAACAACACCUCAAGGACCAGGAUGCUGAGACUUUCUCUCUAUUUACUGCUGGCCAUUGUUCUUAGAGCUUCUCUUCUGGCUGAUGGCGCUAACAUACGACUCGCUGGCGAUAAUAACUCCUGCACUGGUAGAGUGGAAGUCUAUAACAAUUACCAGUGGGGAACAGUGUGUGAUGAUUACUGGGACAUAAAUGAUGCGCAGGUGGUGUGUAGACAGCUUGGAUGUGGUAAUGCUGUCAGCGUUCAUCACAAUGCCCACUUUGGUCAGGGAAGUGAUCCAAUAUGGCUGGAUGAUGUUCAGUGUUCUGGAAGUGAAAACACCAUCACACAGUGCACUCACAGAGGAUUUGGAGAACACAACUGUGGCCAUGAUAAAGAUGCUGGUGUUACUUGUUUAGGUCGUAAUCAGGUCAGGCUGGUGAAUGGUCCAAGUAACUGUUGUGGUCGAGUGGAGAUCCUGCACAAUGGCCGUUGGGGAACAGUGUGUGAUAAUUCCUGGGACUUAAAGGAUGCAGAGGUGGUGUGUAGACAGCUUGGAUGUGGUAAAGCUGUCAGUGCUCCUUCUCAUGCCUACUUUGGUCAGGGAAGUGAACCAACCUGGCUGGAUGAUGUUCAGUGUACUGGAACUGAGAGUGUAUUAGAUCAGUGCUCACACAGAGGAUAUGGAGUAGAGAACUGUGGACAUCAUGAAGAUGCUGGAGUUGUGUGCUCAAACUUGCAGACUCCUACAUUGACUCAGAUCUCCCCAAACUCUGUGGUCUCACCUGGAGAAGUCCUUCAGUUCAGAUGUUCCACACCCAGCCCAACAUGCAUCUCUGUAGACUUCAGUUUGUAUAAAACUGGAACAUUAAUAAAGAAUCAAACUGCAGAGACUACAACAACAUUUAAUCUGACUGUAGAUGCCUCACAUCAGGGCCAGUACACCUGUGACUACUCAUACAGGGAAAUUGCCUCCACAUCACCCAGGAGCAACUCCAUUACCAUCACUGUGGCAUCUCUGGCUCUCUACAUUGGUGUUGGAGUGACAGCAGGACUGCUUCUCAUCUUAGUUCCAGUCAUCGUUUGCUUUGUGAAGAAACAAAAGAGACGGAAAUGUCAGAUGGAUAUGAAGAAUGAUAUACAGAUGCUUUCAAUACAAUUCAGCCAUCACUACUUAGGGGGAAGCUUUUGAGAUCUGGAGUUGACCGCCAUCUGGCUGCAUGGAUCAUCAACUAUCUCACUGACAGACCACAGUAUGUGAGGCUCCCGGACUGUAUGUCGGAUGUGGUGGUCAGCAGCACAGAAGCACCGCAGGGUACAGUACUUGCUCCAUUUCUCUUCACCCUGUACACAGCGGAUUUCAAGCAUAACACUAACAGUUGCCACAUGCAGAAGUUCUCUGAUAAUACGGUCAAUGUUGGAUGAGUAUCAGAGGAAAAUGGUCAGGAAUUCCGGGAGGUCAUCGCUAACUUUGUCAAUUAGUGUAAAUUAAACCACCUCUGCCGCAACACCAACAAGACAAAGGAGAUGGUAAUCAACCUCCGCAGGAGGCCACCCCUGUCUAUGCUGGUGAGCAUCCAGGGUGUUGACAUCGACUUCUCAACAAACUGGUUAAGAGGGCUAGCUCUGUCCUGGUCUACCCUCUGGACAGCAUAGAGAUGGUGGGGGAAAGGAGGAUGUUAGCUAAGCUGGCGUCUAUCAUGGGCAAUUCCUCUCACCCCCUGUAUGAGAUAUUCGGGUCCAUGAGCAGCUCUCUUUUAUCUCUCUCUCUCUCUCUCUCUCUCUCUCUCUCUCUCUCUCUAUCAUUCCUCUCCCUUCUCCUUCCCCUGUUCCACUGCCACAGGACUGAUGUGCCAGGGCCCUGAAACCAACCCUCUGGAUCCAAUUUCAUCUGGCCAUUUUCAGGGUCAAUGUUCCCUCAUAGAGAUGGAAAUGCACGGAUCCACUUAUUUUAAGGACAACUUAGCUGGGGUUUAGAAAAAACAUUUAAAUUAUGGUGGUGGAUGGGUCCUUCCACCGUGGAGCGAAGCCUGAUACACACUAGACUGUGUGUCACGAUUUUCCCUUGAGUCAGCGCUGCAGUAUUGCAGCGUGCUCGAAAAAUCGAAGUGCAAGCUCGUGCACGAGCCAUUAGCAAAUUGACUUUGACAUUGACUUUGUUUAUGUUGGACACGUGCUUUCUUAUGGUUAUGUUUUGUCUCCGCCCCUGUUUUCUAAUUGGUUGUUUUUUGUAUAUGUGUCAGCAUUGUUUUCAGCUGUCCUAUGUUUAACCCAUGAUUACGUUUGUUAUAUAAACCCCUCGUGUCUCUUAGCUUUUUGCAUAAUAUUGAGUUUAUCUCAUUACCAAGCAGUUGUUCCAUAGCUCUCAUUCUCGAUUCCUGUUUAUUGAAUUUGUUUCUCGUUUCUCGUUUUGUGUGUUGCCUUGCCCUGAUUAUUCCCGUUUGCCGAUCGCCUGACCUUUUGCAUGUUUUUGGACCACGCUUUGAAUUACCGUUUUGGAUUUGUCUGUUCGCCUCUUUCUCUCUCUAGUAAACGUCUUUAUCUGAACUUGCAUCAGUCCUAACCUCCAUUUAAUGACAUAAUACUAUGCCUCCAACAUGGAUGCAGCAGGUGAGCGAGGAGAGCAUCACAGGCAGUGUACAUGGGAAUAUCUGGCCACCCUUCAUGUCAGUCCAGUUUCCCCAGUGGAGUGCCAUAGACCUCCAGGAGAUGAAUUUUGGAUUGUGUGACUACCCAAGGCAGCUCUUGUUUCACAGCCAAAUGUUCUUUUCGAGCCUGGCGAACCCCAAGCUGGACAAGAGACAGUGGCUUGGGUUCAUUGUAUGUUUUAUGUCCCAGCCCAUGAAUGGGUGGAACAUCUGGCCAGUACAGUGUCCAGUGCCCUCAAUAAUGUAACUCAAUUUGCGGAACUAUUCUUGAAGGAGUUUGGGUAUUCAGGGCAGAACAACAACCUGGAACAACUUUUGAGGGUAGUCAGUGUGAUGAAUAAGCCUGACCUGCCAUUCCAAACCUGCUAUGAGUGGAUGGACAGGGCAGCCUCCACAGCUCAGCUUCAGCCCCGGCCAACAGGGCAGGUGGGUGAUGCCAACCUGCAAGACCGAGGACUGCGGUAAAGAGGUCCAGCUACAUUGUCCCACAUGCAGGAAACUUGGGAUCCAUGGAACAUAUUUCAGCUCUCAUGGAUGUUUCAAGUGCAGCUGGUGUACUCACAAAUGGCUCCACAAGAGAGCACCUGCCGAGCUCCAGCCGGAGGUCAACGUGGCCACCUCAUCUCCAGAGCUCCAACCUGAGACCCACAAGGUGGUCUCACCUGCUGAGCUCCAGCCAGAGGUCAACGUGGUGACCUCAGCUUGAGGGCUCCAACCUGAGACCCACAAGGCGGUUUCAUCCCCAGAGCUCCAGCAGGAGACCCACGAAGCGGUUUUAUCCUCAGAAUUUCAGCCUGAGAACCACGAGGUUGUCUCAUCUCCAGACCUCCAGCAUAAAGUCAAGUUCCUGCUAGAGGUCAAUGAGGUGACCUCUCAAGCCAAGUUCAUGUCCGAGGUCGAAGAGGCAACCUCUCAAGCCAAGUUCCUGUCAGAGGCUGAAGAGACAACCUCUCAACCCAUGAUUCUGUCUGAGGUUGAAGAGGCGACCUCGAGCCAAGUUCCUGUCUAAGGUCGAAGAGAAGGCCUCCCAAUCCAAGUUCAUGGCUGAGGUUGAAGAGACAGCCUCUCUCAGUCACAAUUUCUUCCAGUCUGAAACCAAUGUCACGACCAACCAGGUUCUGCUCACGCCUGAAACCAACGUCACAACCAACCAAAUUAUUCUCAUGCCAGAGUCUGUUGAUACGACCAACCAAGAUCUCCUCGUGCCUAAAACCGACAUCACAACCAACCAGGUUCUGCUCAUGCUUGAAGCUAACAUUACAACCAACCAGGUUCUGCUCACGCCUGAAGCUGAUGUCAGGACCAACCAAGUUCUGUUCACGCCCAGGUCUGCUGACACAACCAGCCAAGUUCUGCUCACACCCGAGUCUGCUGACAAGGAUGACCAAGUUCUGCUCACACCCGAGUCCGCUGACACGGACAACCAAGUUCUGCUCACGCCCGAGUCUGCUGACACGGACAGCCAAGUUCUGCUCAAGCUCAAGUCUGCUGACAUGGACAACCAAGAUCGACUCAUGCCUGAGACUGACGACACGAUCAACCGAGUUCUCCUCAUGCCUGAGACUAACAACACAGCACACUUUGUCCCAAGUUGGCUGAAAUGACUUAAAAUGCUACCCCACCCCCCUUAAUUCUGAAUAAUGCCAAAAAAGGACAAUUCUACAAUAGAUACAUUACAGCUCAAAAUCAGCCUAAAAUAUGACACAGCACAUCUGUACUCAUCAAGGUCAUCCACCUGCGUGAAGUUGGCCCCCCACCCAACGCAAAACAUCGGCAAAAUACUUUCAAUCGUUUGUGCUCCGUUUGUGCUGGUUUGUGCCAUAAAAUUUUUGUUUGUGCUGCUUCGGUUCUGGAGAUAUUAAAUAAAUAUUUAUAGGUCAUUUUGGGGUCACUCAGCCCCCCCACAUGCUCCAAAUAGUGGUUUGUGCCACUAAAAGUUUCAUUUGUGCUGCUUCCGUUUUUAAAAUAUUAUACAUUGAUUAUUUUUUUAUAUAUAUAAAAGGUAUUGUCUUUUUAAAUGAUGACAAUUUAUAAGUGAUAUUAAAUCAAUCAUAGUGUACUGUAAAACUAGAUUUUUUUUAAAUACUUGAAAUCAGUUUGAUACUUGAAAUCAGAGUUUAGCUAAAAAGAAAAAGCAUGGGCCUCUGUGAAUUCUCCAUUUUCUGCUUAUCUAGAAAGAUACCAACUUUAGACAAUUUACAAGAGCACUCAAGGAUUAAAAAGAAAAUAGUCAAUUGAGGAAGCAAUGUACCAUUCACCACUUAAUAAUCAGACUUUUACUGUGCACAUAAAAUUAUAUGAAGUGCAUCAUAUAACAAAUAUAUAAUUCAUUGUGCCAAAUAAAGGCACAGUUUAGAGAGAUUUCUACCUUUUUCGACAUAGAUCAGAAAGUCAUCUCUUUGACCCUUUAAACUCUGAGCUGUCCACUUGGUGUAUCGUAUCACUAAAUGGUUAUUUAAAAGGCAAAUGCACUUUGUGUUCUUCAAAUGCAAAUAAGUUUGCCUCAAACAACAGUCUAGAGCAAAGUUUUUUUUUAAAAUAUGAAGCAAAAACCUUCCAUUUACAUUUUAUACAUACAUAAAUACAUAAUAUAGGUAUAGGUUUUAUCCAGCGUGACAACUGAUUUAUGUAUCAAUUUAUGUCUGAUUCAUAAAAACUGUUGUACAAAUGUGUGGCGCAAAAGCAAAAAUGUCAGGCUAAAACUGAUGUGAUGGAUUACGCAGCAUUCCCUUUGGUCAUCUGAUGAUGCAUUUAUUAUAUUUUCUCCCUCAAGAGAUGAACAUUGUUUAAUUGACUUUCAGAGUUAAGAGGUUUUCAUUUCUGGAAAGGAGACACAGAAUUAUUAAUGUGGCAAUACAUUAAUAACUUCUCCAUUUGAACUGUUAAAAUAUGCAGAUUCAUUGUAUUUUAAGAUGAAACUGUUCUCAAAAAAUAAUAUUAGACACCAGGACAAUAUUCAUUAGCAUUGAAUUUAUUAAAAAUACUGUUCUAUUCUAUCACACACAUUUGAAUCAUGUUAAUUUAAAUACUAUAGUUAUAAUACCUGUCAGUAUCAACAACCCCACAAGAUUUCAUAAUGUAAUUGGUUUACAUUAAUACUACACAAAUUGAUCACACUCA